CCGAGUUCUCUCGGUCUCUCAAUCUCCGACCUCGAGCUCUCUCUCCAUCUCGCUCUCUCUCUCUCUCUCAACUCUCUUCCCCGACACAAACCCUUCUCAAGCUCUCUCUCUCUCUCCAUCUCUCUUCUCCGACGGAAACCCUUCUCCAGAGCUCUCUCUCUCUUCUCCGACGCUCUCUCUCUUCUCCGAGGUAUAUUGCAGAUUCAAGCUCUGCUUGAUACUUAUGUUCUAACGCUUCCUCUUUGGUCCGAGUCUGAUGAAUGUGUUGUGUUGCAGAUUCAAGCUCAGUUGAAACCCAUCUCCAGAGCUCUCUCUCUCAGUCUCGGACAUCUCGAAGCUCUCUCUCUCGAUCUACUCAUCUCGAAGCUCUCCCUAGCAUCUCCCAAGCUUCGUCUGUCUCUCACUCUCUCGUCGCAGGCUCUCACAAGCUCUCUGUCUCGAGCUCUUCUCCGAGGUGUUCACUUCCAUCACUCUCUCCAAGCUCAGACCCUCUUUAGUAAGACUGUCCCUGUUCCUCUCCAGCUUGCUCAGACUGUCCCUGUUCCUCUCCAGCUCUCUCUCUUGCUCUGUCAUCUCAAGCUCACUCUCUACCGCUGUUCCUCACUUUUUAAGAUGGCAAAAGAGACUUGGACUCCUGAAGAAGUUAGGUAUUUUUUCGAACUCUAUGCGGAAAAGAGAAGAAAAGGAAAUAGAACGACAUCAAUGAAUAAAGUAGGGAAACAGAACAUCAUAGACGCGUUCGAAAAGAGGUUUAAGAAAGGAUUUCUUGAGUGGCCUUUGUUGAAGAACAAGUACGACACAAGUAGAAAGAAGUACGUCAAAUUUAGGAAGUUGAUUAAGAAUAAGACAGGUCUUGGGUUUGACAGCAUGGGAAGGGUUGAUAUGUCAGAUGAUUGGUGGAGUGAGCGUGAAAAGGAGUGUCCUGGGAUUAGAAGAUCUGUAUGGAAAGAAGAAUUUAAUAUGGAUAUGUUUGAAGAAGAAUUUGGUGCUGUAGUAGUAACUGGAGCAGAAGGAUGGAGUGCUCAACAUGGAGAAGCAAGCUUGAACUCUGGAGUGGGUGUAGAUGAUGGUGAUGAAGUCGAUUCUCAGCCAGCAGCAGAAACUCAAGCAGCAGCAGAGACAGAAACUCAGCCGCAGCUGCAAACACAAACCCAGCGCCAAACUCAGACUCAUUCUGGAAGUUCGAGAGGAAAAAGAAGGCGUAAGGAGAAGGAUAUGGUUGUAGAAGCUUGUGACAAUUGUACUGAAGCGCUUAUGGUGAAGAACAAGAUAGCAGAACGGAUGUUGGAGCGUCAAGAAGCUUCAAUGGAGCGUCAAGAAGCUUCUAGUGUUGAGAAUGUGUUAGAGAUUCUGUACACAUUGCCUGGAGUGAGAGAGUGGUCUCCAUUAUAUGAAGCAGCAAUGGAACAUCUUAUAGACAGUGAAGGGAGCAGAAGGGCUUUUAUAACAAUGAAGACAGAUGAAGCUAAGACUAAGUUUAUAGAGCUUAGGACCAAGAUAAAACGUGACUAUGAAGCUUAGGACUAUUAUGGAACUUAGGACUAGUAUGGAACUUUUGCUUUUGGUCUGAUCUUUGUAUGAAACUGCCUUUUGUAUAUGCUGGUUUAGUAGACUUGGUUUUGAAUCUGGUAACAAAAUGUUUACUUCUCUUA